UCAGUCAGUCCCUGUCCAACCAGUCGCAACUCCCUUUUUCUACCAACAGGAUAGCAAAUAAUAGGGAAAGGUUGAUACAUAUAUAUUUUUUUAACAAACAUUGGGUACAUAAGUCUACAGCGAAAUGUCGUCACCACGCCCGAAAUCUCCUCGAACUCCUGUACUGCCCAAAAAGGAGGACAAAGAGGAAUCUUUCUGGGAUAAAAUUGGAACAAUUGGUCGCAAGAAGCGCAUAAAAGAAGUGCAAGAUGUUCAAGCUGAAGGAAAAUAUGCCAUUGACUCUCCUGGUAGUCCUACAGCUCCAGAAAUACCUCCCGAAGAGUACAGUUUACAUGAUAAUGAAGAACGUGCCAUAAUUGAGCCUCGGUCACUGGAGGAUCCCCGAGUGAAAGAACUUGUUCAAGUCUUGAUUGAUUGGAUCAAUGAUGCUCUAGCCACACAAAGAAUAAUCGUGAAAGAUAUCAGUGAAGAUUUGUAUGAUGGCCAAGUACUUCAAAAACUCCUUGAGAUGUUGACAGAAACCAAAUUGGAUGUACCGGAAGUGACACAGUCGGAGGAGGGCCAGCGGCAAAAGCUUACUAUUGUACUGAGAGCUGUCAAUAGGGUUCUAUAUGGUACAGCCAAACCUGUCCCCAAGUGGAGUGUGGAUUCCAUACAUUCAAAGAAUGUAGUAUCCAUAUUGCACUUGCUUGUUGCUCUGGCUCGUCACUUCCGUGCUCCUGUUCGCCUACCUGAGAAUGUCAGUGUCAAUGUUGUUGUUGUGAAGAAGGACACUCCUAAUCAAUUAUCCCACAGAACAUUUAUUGAAACUAUUACCACCACAUAUGAAGAUUUGGGCAUGAAGUGUGAAAGGGAUGCCUUUGAUGCCUUAUUUGACCAUGCCCCUGAUAAACUGCAGGUGGUGAAGAAAUCCUUGAUUACCUUUGUGAACAAGCAUUUGAGCAAAGUCAAUCUUGAAGUCAUGGAUUUGGACACUCAGUUCCAUGACGGUGUAUAUUUAUGUCUUCUGAUGGGACUCCUGGAGGGAUUCUUUGUGCCAUUAUACGAUUUUCAUCUUAUUCCUGAAGAUUUUGACCAGAAAGUCCAUAAUGUCUCUUUUGCAUUUGAACUGAUGCAAGAUGUAGGGCUUGCAAAGCCAAAGGCAAGACCUGAAGAUAUUGUGAAUCUCGACCUGAAAUCCACACUUCGGGUGCUGUACAAUCUGUUUACAAAGUACAAGAGUUUGGCCUAAAUUAAAUAAAUUAUUGUUCUUUAAUUAUAUAACUUGUCGACUUACAACGACAAAUAACAAAUCUGUGUUCGUGUCCAGCCUUAAACAAUAAUGAUCUUAACAUAAAGAUAGAUUAUUAACAAUAAGUAAUGUAUGAUGGUGCUUUAUCUUGACUAAGUAUAGUAAAAUAAAUUAAUUUACUAACAA